UGGAGCAAUGAAUGGCGGAAAGGACUGUGAGGCGGGAGAUGAGAGGCAGGCCGUCCCUGUCCAGGUCCCCAUUGGCUGGCAGCGCAAGGCGGAGCACAGCAGAGGGGUCAUAUACAUAAGUCCCAGCGGCUCAGUGCUGUCCAGCUUGGAGCAGGUGAAGACCUACCUGCUGACAGAUGGAACCUGCAAAUGCGGCCUGGAGUGCCCACUCAUCCUCCACAAGGUGUUCAACUUCGACCCAGGGGCAGCGGUCAAGCAGAGGACAGCGGAGGAUGUGAAAGCAGAUGAAGACGUCACCAAACUCUGCAUUCACAAGAGGAAGCUUCUGGCCGUGGCCACGCUGCACAAGAGCAUGGAGACACACCCACCUCUGACGCUGACCAGUCCAGGGGGAGGUACAUCAUCUGUGGUUGCUGCGCACUCCAUGACUCAACGAGCAAUAAGGACUAAACCCCACGAUGUUCCGCCCAAUGCUGUUGUUCCCGACUGCAAGAGUCCUUUCAAGAUGAUGAUGGCAGCUGGACAACAGCAGCAGAGGCUGUAUCCACCCCAGGAGAUGGGUGGAGCCCAGCAGUCCGAGAUCUACUCUGGGUAUACGAGGCCACAGAGGCUGGGCAGUGUGGAGCCAGGCCCCAAAUCCCCUUACCGGGCUGGGUAUGGAGGCAUGCUGAGCCCACCUCCCUCCAGUGCUAAGCUGUAUGGAGAUGGCUCACAGUCUCCCAGUGCAGACACUCUGGGCAGCCCUGAGGGGUUCCCAAGGACCAAUCCUUGUGGUUUUCCAGGAGCUGGCAGUCCCGGCUCAGCCUCCAUCCAUGGGAAUACUAGGACGCCUCUUUCCCCACCCAGCGUGAUGCUCCAUGGCUCCCCUGCGGGCCAGCCAUCCUGUGCCAUGACAGGGAGGACUAGCACGCCCCUCUCCCCAACGGCCACUGCCAAAAGCCCUGUCAUGAACAUGAACAUGCCACGGGGGAACUUCCCCCCUGGUGUGGAUAUGCCCCGUGCAGCAUUUCACCAUAAAACACAGCCCCCUGUGCACCCCGUGCCGCCCCCUCCAUCCAUACCACCCUCCUGUGCCCUUCAGAAAAGGCAGUUGACCUCUGAAAAAGAUCCCUUAGGCAUCCUGGACCCUAUCCCCAGCAAACCAGUCAGCCAGCCCCCCACCAACGCCCCAAACCCCUCCAACUUCCAGCCUAACAUCCACUCUCAGGUACCAAUGAUGAAUGUAAACAUACCCCCUCCCGCCAUUGUUCCCUUGCCAAGCAACUUACCUUUACCCACAGUGAAGCCUGGGCCUGUGGGGCAUGGUGGCCAUGUUCAGAGGACUCAACAGGGUGGUCCAGCUUCCUCCAUGUCCCCCUCCCCUGUCACUUCCCCUGUCCACAUGGCCGGGCCUGCCCUUGGGAGAGUUGAGGCCUCCCCUCAUCGCUCACGCUCAUCCUCCACCUCCUCUGAUCAUGGGAACUUUGCAAUGCCCUCUGGGCACCAGGGCCCUUGUGGCACCAUGAAGGUUCCUCCUCGUUCCCCCAGGUCAGCUAUGGGAUCUCCCAGGCCAGCCAUGCCCUCCAGCCCCUCCACCAACAAAACAGACCCACUCCACCAGUACAAAGACUCCCAGCUGCUGCCCGGGAUGGGAAACUCGAUUGGCACCCAGCAGCACGGCAACCCCAUGUACUCACCCACCUCGUCCUCCUCGUCAACCUCUUCUCUGGUGACCCCCAGCGCUUCCCAGAAGGGCCACCCAGGACUCCUGGGGAUGCCCCUCAACCAGAUCCUCAGCCAACAGAAUGCCGCCUCCUUCCCCGCCAGCAGUCUCUUGUCAGCUGCAGCCAAAGCACAGCUAGCAAAUCAAAACAAACUCAGCGCUGCUGGCAACAGCACUGCUGGCAUGACUGGUGGUGGAGUUGGUAUGGCAGGCAUGGGGGCAGGUGGCGGAGGUAAUGGUGGGGGUGGUGGGCAUCCUGGCCCUAUGAGUGGCCCUCGAGGCAUGGAGGGACACAGCACUUUAAACCCCAUGCUCCCGCCAAACUCCACCAUGCUGCUCAACACUCCUGAGGGCCAGAGUGGUCGGGCAGCUCUUAGAGACAAGCUCAUGGCCCAGCAGAGGGACCCCAUGCGCAAACGGAAGCAGUCGUCAGGCAGCGCAGCUGUAAACCAUGACAACAGUAACAACAUGGUCUACAACAUGCUUAACAAAUCAGGCAUGGGAGGACCCCACAUGCCAGGGCCCAGUGCGACUGAGCAGCUGCGAAAAGUGGGCCGACUUGGAAACCUUCCCCCAAACACCUCCAUGGCCCAGCUUCUCCAGUCCAUGAGCUGCCAGAGCUCCCACAACCUGGCUGGGAACAGCCAUCGUCCAGGUCUUAGCCCUGGUCCAGGGCAGGGUCCUCAAGGAGCUGCACAGCUGCACUACAACGACAGCACAGGCAUAGUCCCUGGUGGCCCUCAGCAGAGCCUCCUUGCCCAGCAGAGGCUGCGGGGUCCAGGAGAUGCCAUGCAGCACUGCCAGAACAUGGACACGUCUGGGGGCCAUCUGGGUUCUCGUCCAGGCCAGUUCCCUGACAUGAUGGCCCCAAUGCAGGCUUCCUCCAUGAGUAACUGUGGGCCUAUGGGGCCAGGCGGUGGACCGGUGGGCCCUGAUGGCAUGCCACUGGGACGCCCCAACACAAACCCCCCACCGCUAUCCCAUCCUGGACCUCAUCCAUCACAACAGAACCUCCUUCACAGUAUGGGGCGGACUAACAUGGUGGUGAUGUCACAUGGAGGUGGUGAUGGAAGCUGUACACAGACUAUUUCUGAUACAGGAAACCCGUCAUCCCUUGGCUGUGGUGUGGGAGGCCUGCAGCCACAUGUCAGCACUGGCGCAGGUCAGAUGUACCAGCAGCAGGUCCACCAGGGCAUGCAGCAGGGGGUGGCCUCCCACCCAGCCUACCAGGGCCAGCAGCACUUUCCUGACAACCCACCCUACACAGACAGCAACAUUGCCAACGCUGGCUCUAUGGCCUGCCUCUACCAGAACUACCAGCAGGGGAUGUUGCCUCACUCACAGUUUGGGGAGGGGCAACAGCCCCAGGGAGAGGGGCUUCCAGCGGGUACACCUGGCUCUGACAGGGGCCCCGGUGGAGGUCCGGAGUCGGUGGAUGCCAUCUACAGAGCUGUUGUGGACGCCGCCAGCAAGGGCAUGCAUGUUACCAUAACCACCACAGUGAGCGGGACCACACAGGCGAGUCCGGUGCCUGCCCUCAGCGCCAUGAGUGCCUUCACUGCCUCCAUAGGGGAGCCUGUCAACCUCCCCCAAGCAGUUAGUGCAGUCCUGCACGGGCACCAGGAAGGGGAGGCGUUACCCCAGCAGACCAGGCCGAGGCAGGUGAGGCCAGGACGGGGUCAGAAGAACAUGGAUCCAGGGAAAAGCACUCCAGAUGGCCCUGACGCCAAUGACUACUUCCGUUCUCCUGGCCGUGGGACUCCCAGGGGGCAAUGGGACGGGGAGACGCAGCAUGGGGGAGGUUUCGACGCUCUCAGCAACAACAGCGCCUGGGGAGGUGAGGAGUUUCUGGAGUGUUCUACCCAGGUGAGGAGUAGCCCUUGCAUGGAGCGACCCGCCAGCUUAGCUCCCGCCCCACCCUGCCCCACUGAGGGGUCCAACGAUCAUGGCCUGGCCAUGGCCCACGAUAAGGCCUUUCUCGACGAGGGCUACCGCUUCACCAACUGCAGCCGGACACCUGCGAACUACAAGGAGCGUCUGGAGCAGACAGUCGAACGCUGCGCCCAUAUCAAUGGUGCCACCCCUCACUUUAACACUCGGGGUUACGGAGAAGUCCUGGGCCCCCCACGGCAGGAGCUGACGGGGGACGACCAGUCACCCAGUUCCUCCACUAGCCUGGAGGGUCCCCUGGCCACAGCCAAAGACUACAGCCACUACAACGGCCAUUUCAACGGUAUGGCGCCCAGCCCCUCGGACACAAAGAGCCUGAGCAGCGAGGAGGACCUGCGGCAGCCUGACUCUCCCUCGUCAGAGCUGCUCCACUACCGGUCCAGGACCUUCAACAUGGGAGAGCUGGUCUGGGGCCAGCUGAAGGGCUUUCCAUCCUGGCCUGCCAAGCUGGCCGGGGACGAACAAGUGCACAGCGCUGCUAUGCAGUUGCGGGAGCAGGCCAAGGUAGAGCCAGAGAAGCUAAAAACACUAACUCACGACCUGGAGGCACUUGACCGAGCCGCCAAAAGAGGCCUGAAACCGGGGAAACUGAAUAAUCACUUGGAAGCUGCUAUCCACGAAGCCAUGAGCGAGCUGGAUAAGAUGUCAGGCACAAUCCCGUCGAGAGAUCGUCAGGUGAAGCUCCCCAAGCCUAAGAGGAGGAAAAUAUCCAGAUAACAUUGAAUGUGUCGGCCCAAGAACGUCCUCAAAGCCUUCGGAGACUUUGUCCGUUCAGCCUUGAUGCGAUCUGAGCUCUCUAACAGAUGUCCUGACCUAAGAGCCAUGAAGUAGUAAUUUAUUCGUAGCUUUACCUUUACACACACGCCACACCCGUUAAGGCCAACAGCACAUUUAAUUCUACUAAGGUAAACAAAAUAUCUGAUGCAUCCAAAUAUCAUAUUACUAAAAAGCCGUUACUUGAACCAAAUAGUACACUACUUCACACAGAUGAGUAUUACUCUCAAAUUUCAGUAGUUUUCAAAUGUAACCAUUGAGAAAUAUCCAAAACCAGGAGCUUCAAAGUCAAACUAUGAAUUACAGCCAAGUAAGCAAUUUCAACAGUUCUAACUUUAUUCGUGUGUUCACACUUUGAAGAACGUUAAAGUCAUUUGUACUGUAUUUUCUGAUGAGAUCUCUGACUUAUUUCAAAGUAUUUUUGACCUUUUUUUGUCAUGUGCACACUGAAAAAAACUCAAGGACUUUUUGAAAAAGCUCAGUUUCUGUCCUGGAUUUGUAGCAACAAAGCCCGGUAACAUCAAGAAAAUGUCAGUAUUCAUUGAUGAAUAUGAGACAUCGGUGUUAGCUCAACCCAGUGUGAUUAUUUUCCAUUUUUGAUAAUGGAAAUUCUAAAUAUCUAAGUCAAAUUUUAUAGUCUGACGUCUAUGCUUUUCAAAGUGUCCCAGUUUUUUCAGUGUGCGCACUUUUAAGGAACCUCAGAGUUGAGUUUUACUGUAAACUGUGGCAAGGAAAUCCUCCGGCCUUUUUCAAAAUGUGACAUUCGGUGUCGAGAACACAUGAGCUCUUUCGGUAAAGUUCAUUCUGCCUCUCUUCCCCCGUUUUUUUUGUGCAAUGACAUGCAGGAACCUGGUCUCGUGUUGGGAACCCAUGUGUUAUGGAUCUGUUUUAUCAGUUUCAUGUUAUUUGUGGUCAAGAGUUCAAAGCAUUUUUGUGUUUCAGAUGGUCUGUGCAGUCUAUUUUUUCCUCCUCCAGCCUGUGACUGUGUGUGUGUGAGGGUGAUUAUUAUUUUUAUUUUAUUUUAUUUUUUCUGGUGAACUUGUUUCUGCUCUUUGAAUCUCAUUUCCCUCUUCCACCCUUUCCUUGUCAGUAUUUUAUUUUUUCAACUUGUAAUUAAGUAUAUAUUUUCUCACUAAUAUAUACUUUACAAAAAAUAGACUUGCGUGAAGUAUGAUGUGCACUUGAUUGCUCUUGUUUAUUUUUCUUUUUGCAUUAAUGUGGGCUAGGGAUAGUUUGUCAGAGUCCAUUAUUUUGAGAUUGUUUGGACUUUUUUUAAUGGUUUGAUGUAAGCAGCAUUUUUUUGUAAAUAUUGUGAAACAUUACAGGUCAUGCAGUGAUGUAACAUUUUGAACAAUGUUGCACAGAUGUUUAAGAUAUUAAAA